UCAUACAGAAGAUCAAAGUGCAAACACAUUUCAAGGCAAGGGUGAAGAUUUUGUAUGCCUUUAUUUAUUUUCAGCAACCUACGUGGCCUGUUACAGAUCUAAUGCAUUUACGCACACUAAUCUACUGGUGAAUAGGCCUACAUUAACGUUAUAUUUUUUUGUAGGCAAAUCUAAGAUUUAUUCAAAAAAAUGAAAUACAGAUAACUUGUUUUCUUUCAAUCUGGGUGUUUUCAGUUUGUUUAGGAAUUAGACAUCUGGAAAUGUACAUUCAUCAACAAGACAUUUGUUACCCGUCAGGUUAAUAAGUGCUCCCUAUGCUUGGAAGACAGACGAUCCGCAUGGAUAGUGGAAAUGGCCCAGUGACAGUUAUGGAUGAGAGUCCCACAUCUAGCCCCAGCCCCAGUCCUGACAUGCUGACCACCGACAGUCGGCGUCCAGAGGCCCUGCAGCUCUCCAGGGUGGUCCAGGCCGGUGGGCUCUGUGGCAGAGGACGGCCGGCAGCAACCAACGCAGCGCGGGAGAGGAGUCGAGUGCAGACCCUGAGAAGCGCGUUCCUUGAGUUACAGAGGACUCUGCCGUCGGUGCCACCGGACACCAAACUGUCCAAGCUCGACGUGUUGAUUUUGGCCACCACGUACAUUGCCCAUCUGACUCAGACCUUGCAAGAGGAAGGGAUGGAUGAGGGAGAUAGCACUAGACAAACAGAGGCCUUACGCUCGCUGAAAGGUGAUGGUUACCUGCACCCUGUGAAAAAGUGGCCGAUGCGAUCCAGGUUAUACGUCGGAGCCAGCGGUCAGUUUCUGAACAAUUCAAAACAGACAGAAAAUCGAGGUGAAUCAUCGUCAACCUCAAGGACAUAAAUCUUUCCAUUGCAUAAGGAACUUCUCAUUCAGACGACCAUUAAUUAUGAAGACUCUUUCAGCAGAAUCCACCCAUGAGGACUUUUGAAAUGAAUAGCAGACCGUGGUUCGUCGCCUGACAUUAUACUUUUUAUUCAUCAAACAAUUGAAGUAUCUGCUUUUGACGUUUCAUAUCAUGUAAAGGGGGCAGUCACGAGACAGUCAACUCUUGCAAUUGUAGGAAACACAUUGUAAAUUAAUAUAUUAUGGGAUUUAUGUAUAUAACAUUUGAGAAAGCCUAAAUAGUGUUUCUCUGUUGUUAUUUUGGCCUUGCUCUGCUCUGUUUUCUGCAGUUAUGUACUUGUUGGAGGUAUUACCGUGUAUACUUUUAUUUUAAAUUCCAUGUGUUGGGUAAUGAUCUUUCGGGCUUGACUUGUUGGCUAUGCACUUUCAGUUAAAACAUUUGCACUAAAUGCAUGUGUGAAUAACUUAACAUCUGUCAUGUGAAGUGGUCUGUCAAUCUCAACAAUGGUAGGAGCCUCUUCAUCUCCCCUUCUUUCUUACGGAAAUGGUUGUAAAUGUGUUUGUUGAUAAUGUCUUGAGAAAUAAAAAUAAUGACAUGUCUCCCACUCCGUAGGUUGUAAAUACGUUUACUGAGAUGUAUUAGUUGUAAGUGAAUAAACAUGUUCUCUCAUUGAAGACAAGCUAUAUCUUUUAACAAAUCAAGAGGGAUUCCAUUUUAUUAUUUGCCUAAAAAGGAAUUAUGAGUAAACAUUAUUUGGCAAUAUGACAUUUUUUUGCCUGCAUGUAUUGACUCAGAUAA